CCCACCAAAACACAAAAAAGAAAAGAAAAAAGCUCACGGACGAGGGAGAAAUCACCACCGUACUCCACCACUUUUGGGCUCACAGUCCCUUGUCUUAGUCCGUUAUGGCGUCUAAUGUCGUUUGCUCUCCUGCGACGCUUUCAGCUUUCCCGCGUCCGCUUCCUCUUAACAACGACACCGGCGGCCACCUCCGCCUGUGGUUCUUUCCAACUGGAACUCCUCCCCUCCAUAAUCAUUUCUCUCGACGCCUCUCCGAUUUCAGUAAGGAAUGGGAGAGGUUGGAUACGGAACCUCGCCAUCGGAGCAGAAGUCGGAGCGGCGUCGUAAAUGCGGGAUAUGCUGUUGAUGAUGACGACGAGGACAAAGAUGAUGACGAGGACGAAGAUCGAAGUUUGGAUCUUCUAAUUAGGUUUGUUCAGAAUAUAUUUAAGAAGGUAUCCAGAAGAGCUCGCAAGGCCGUUCGGUCUGUUCUCCCCGUUCCCAUUUCUUCCCAAUUGGUUGGAUUUUCUGUUAAUGGAGUAAUAAUACUAACGUUUAUGUGGGUUUUGAAGGCAUUCCUUGAGGUAGUCUGUACUCUAGGGAGUGUGGUAUUUAUAAGCAUUUUGCUUAUUCGAGGAACAUGGACAGGGAUCGCUUAUUUACAAGAAAGCCGCAAUUAUAGACCAGAUGAACUUGAUGAUGAGCAUAGGACAUGGACAGGCAGUCAACCUGCAACUUGAAUUGCCCUCUGAUUGAUGGAAUAAUCCAAAAUACAGAGGGAAUUUUUACUACAGCGAAAUACUCAAUAUUGCUUUUCCGGCGGAGCUUGCUUGAAAAUCAGGGCGGAGGGAGGCGUGACGCUCCUAGUAUUUGCAAAACUUCAGUAGUACCAUUACCAUUUCAACGUAUUUUUUCCAAGUCCCUGGGCACUUUUCCGGUCCCAUAAUAUGCACAGCCUUUGUGUAUAAUAAACAGAGACAUUCCGACGGAAAAAUAUGGACAUUAUUCGCAAUUAUAGGAGAUCUCUUUUGAGUUUUCUUCGUUUUUUAA